AUGGCAGCUACAACCAAAUGCCAGCACUGCAGAAGGUUGGUCCUGCUGUGCACUCUCCUGGGAACGCUGUGGGAGGCCAGGUCCAGUCAGAUCCGCUAUUCAGUGCCCGAAGAGACAGAAAAGGGGUAUAUCCUGGGAAACAUCUCUAGAGAUCUGAGACUGGAGGCCCGCGAGCUGGCGGAACGCGGAGUCCGCAUCAUUUCCAGAAGUAGGACGCACCUUUUCUCCCUGAAUCCGCAAAGCGGCAGCUUGGUCACAGUCGGCAGAAUAGACCGGGAGGAGCUCUGCGCUGAGACCGUGCGCUGUCUAGUGAACUUUAAAGUCCUGGUUGAAGACAGAAUGAAACUUUACAGAAUAGAAAUAGAAGUUACUGAUAUCAACGACAAUGCCCCCAAAUUCAAGGCUGAAAAUCUUGAGGUAAAGAUGAACGAAAUCACUGCUCCUGGAGCACGUUAUCCACUCCCAGAGGCUGUAGACCUCGAUGUGGGCGUGAACUCCCUCCAGAGCUACCAGCUCAGCCCCAAUCACCAUUUCUCCCUGGACGUGCAAACUGGAGACGAUGGAACUAUAAACCCAGAGCUGGUGCUGGAGCGCGCCCUGGACAGAGAGGAAGAGGCUGCUCACCACCUGGUCCUCACAGCAUCCGAUGGCGGCGACCCGCGUCGCUCCAGCACAGUGCACAUCCGUGUGAUAGUUUUGGAUACAAACCAUAAUGCCCCAAUUUUUGCUCAAUCGAUUUACCGAGUGAAAGUCCCAGAGAACGUGCCCCCGGGCACUCAGCUGCUAACUGUAACAGCUACGGAUCCAGAUGAGGGAGUCAACGGGAAAGGAGCAUAUAAAUUCCGAGAAAUUAAUGAAAAACAAUCUCCGAUAUUCCAGCUCAAUGAAAAUACUGGGGAAAUAUCAAUAGCAAAAAGUCUAGAUUAUGAAGAAUGUUCAUUUUAUGAAAUGGAAAUACAGGCUGAAGAUGGUGGGGGAUUGAAAGGGCGGACGAAAGUGCUCAUUUCAGUGGAAGACGUAAAUGACAAUAGACCUGAAAUGACCAUUACAUCUCUGUUUAGCCCAGUGAGGGAAGAUGCUCCCCAGGGAACAGUAAUCCUCCCUUUCUUUCUUUUUUUGACCGACUCCGGGAAGAAUGCUGAAGUUAUUUGUUCUAUCCAGGAGAAUCUAUCUUUUAAAUUAGAAGAUUCAAUAGAAGAUUAUUACGGAUUGUUGACAACCCAGAUUCUAGACAGAGAAAAAGCCUCUGAGUACAACAUCACAGUGACCGCGACUGACAGAGGAGCCCCGCCCCUGUCCACGGUAAUUCACAUCACCCUGCAAGUGGCCGACAUCAAUGACAAUCCACCUGCCUUCUCUCAAGCCUCCUAUUCAGUCUAUCUCCCUGAAAACAAUGCCAGGGGCCCUUCCAUCUUCUCUGUGACUGCCCAUGACCCUGAUAACAAUGAGAAUGCUAGGGUUAUUUACUGCUUGGCUGAGGACACCAUCCAGCAGGCUCCUCUCUCCGCCUGUGUCUCCAUCAACUCUGACACUGGCAUGCUGUACGCACUGUGCUCCUUUGACUAUGAGCAGUUUCACGAUCUGCAAAUUCAGGUGAGGGAAAGAGACAGCGGGCAUCCCCCACUCAGCAGCAAUGUGUUAUUGAGCCUAUUGGUGCUGGCCCAGGAUGACAAUGUGCCUGAGAUCCUAUAUCCCACCUUCCCCACAGAUGGUUCCACCAGCAUGGACCUGGUACCCCACUCAGCAGAGCCUGGCUACCUAGUGACCAAGGUGGUGGCAGUGGACAGAGAUUCUGGCCAAAAUGCCUGGCUGUCCUACCACCUGCUCAAGGUCAGUGAGCCUGGGCUCUUCGUGGUGGGGCUGCACACAGGUGAGGUGUGCACGGCAUGGGCCCUGAUGGACAGAGAUGCGCCCAAGCAAAACCUCAUGGUAGUCACCCAGGACCAUGGCCAGCCCCCUCUCUUGACAACUGUCAUGCUCACUGUGGCUGUGGCUGGCAGCAUCCCAGAUGUCCUGGCCAAUAUGGGCAGCCUCAAGGUCCCACAUGACUCAGAUGCUUCAGGCCUCACCUACCUGGUGGUGGCAGUGGCAGCCAUCUCCUGUGUCUUCCUGGCCUUUGUCAUCAUGUUGCUGGCACUCAGGCUGAAAUGCUGGAAUUCCUCUCAUCUGCUUCAGGCUGCUGGCAGCGGGUUGGGUGUACCCACCUCACACUUUGUGGGCGUAGACGGCAUGUGGGUUUUCCUGCAAACCUGUUCCCACGAGGUCUCCCUCACUGCAGACUCACUGAGGAGUCACCUGAUCUUCUCUCAGCCCAACUAUGCCAACACACUCAUCAGCCAGGAGAGCCGUGAGAAUAGCGAGCCUUUGUGCAUUGCAGUUGAUUCCAAGUUUCCUAUAGAAGACACCCCCACCAACACGGGCUCAAGGAAACCCGCUCACACACAGAGACUCCCGGCUGCGCAGACCCGGCCAGCCCAGCACACACGGGUUCCCAGCCCCGAGACUGGGUGCUCCGCCUGCACUGGGCCGAAUGCUCUUCCAGCGCGGUAG